AAUUUCUUCAUCAUCUCUAUGCAUUUGCAUGCCAUGCGUCGUGUUGCUUAAAACCCUAAUUUCAUAAACCCUUUCCGUGCCACAUCUUCAUUUAUCCAUUUAUGAAUUUGCUAGAACGAUGAACAUUCUCUCCUUACCCCAGUUUCACUUCAACAAAUCCUACUACACCCACCGCCAUGGAACAUCGAAGCAAGUGCAUUCCAAUCGUAACAGGAAUUUUCCGAUGCAAGUUCUUCCCCGGAGGUCAUUCACGGUGCUGUGCAAAUCCUCUUCCCAAGAUGGUGAUGAUUUUGUGAGCCGGGUUUUGAAGGAGAACCCAAGCCAAGUGCAACCCAAGUAUCUAGUUGGCGACAAGUUCUACAAUUUGAAAGAGAAAGAAAAUUUGGGUAAAAAGGUGAAUGUGGGUAUUUUUGAUGUGCUGAAGAGGUUGAGCUUGAAGAAGCCCCAAAGGAAGAGUGAGAAUGAGGUUUUGGAAGAGAGAGAUUCUGUGCAUUUGAAUGACUUGCUUAAGGAGUAUAAAGGGAAACUUUACGUGCCGGAGCAUAUUUUCAGUACAGAGUUGUCGGAAGAGGAAGAGUUCGAUAAGAAUUUACACUCGUUGCCGAGAAUGAGCAUUGAGGAGUUCAGGAAAGCUCUGAGUAAAGACAAAAUCAAGAUGAUAACUUCAAAGGAAGGUGGAGGUCUUUUUUAUGGCAGUGGUUAUAGGGAUUUUGUCGUUGAGUUGAAGGAAAUCCCUGGUGAUAAAAGCUUGCACACAACCAAAUGGGUUAUCAGGCUGGAUAAAAGUGAAGCUCAAGCAAUUUUGGAGGAUUACACUGGACCACGUUAUGAGAUAGAGAGGCAUACUACGUCUUGGGUGGGAAAAUUGCCAGAGUAUCCUCACCCUGUUGCAUCUUCCAUAUCCAGCAGAAUGACGGUUGAGCUUGGAGUGGUGACAGUAUUGAUGGGUUUAGCAGCAAUUCUAGUUGGUGGUUUCCUUGCAGCAGCAAUAUUUGCUGUUACCAGUUUUAUAUUUGUGACAUCUGUCUAUAUUGUGUGGCCAAUUGCCAAACCAUUUAUCAGGCUUUUUCUUGGAAUUGUUUUAGCAAUUUUGGAGAGGAUUUGGGAUAAUAUUGUUGAUUUUUUCAGCGAUGGUGGCAUUUUCUCCAAGUUGUAUGAAAUUUACACUUUUGGUGGUAUAUCUGCCAGCAUUGAGGCAUUGAAACCAAUUAUGAUUGUUCUUUUGACUAUGGUCCUUCUUAUUCGCUUCACUAUUUCAAGAAGACCUAAAAACUUCAGGAAGUGGGAUCUUUGGCAGGGAAUAGACUUUUCACGGUCAAAAGCUGAAGCACGUGUUGAUGGUUCAACUGGAGUUAAGUUUUGUGAUGUGGCUGGAAUUGAUGAGGCUGUAGAGGAACUUCAAGAGUUGGUUAGAUACCUAAAGAAUCCCGAGCUAUUUGACAAAAUGGGGAUCAAACCUCCACAUGGAGUUCUUCUGGAGGGCCCUCCUGGAUGUGGCAAGACCUUGGUAGCCAAGGCUAUUGCUGGUGAAGCUGGUGUUCCAUUUUACCAAAUGGCUGGAUCAGAAUUUGUGGAAGUUUUAGUUGGUGUUGGUUCUGCACGUAUUAGGGAUUUAUUUAAAAGAGCGAAGGUAAACAAACCAUCAGUUAUAUUCAUAGAUGAAAUCGAUGCAUUGGCAACUAGGCGUCAAGGUACUCUCAAGAGGUCCACGGAUGAAUUUUAUAAUGCAGCCACCCAGGAAAGGGAAACUACAUUGAACCAAUUGUUGAUAGAGCUCGAUGGUUUUGAUACUGGAAAGGGUGUCAUAUUUCUAGCUGCCACGAAUCGUAGGGAUUUGUUGGAUCCUGCACUUCUUCGUCCAGGUCGCUUUGAUCGCAAGAUCAGGAUUCGCCCUCCAAGUGCAAAAGGAAGACUUGAUAUUCUGAAAAUUCAUGCUAGCAAAGUGAAAAUGUCAGAGUCUGUUGAUUUAUCCAGCUAUGCACAGAACCUACCUGGAUGGACUGGAGCAAGAUUGGCACAAUUGGUCCAAGAGGCUGCCCUUGUGGCAGUCAGGAAACGGCAUAAUUCAAUUCUUCAGUCAGAUAUGGAUGAUGCAGUUGACAGACUUACAGUAGGACCUAAACGUGUUGGAAUAGAAUUAGGUUAUCAAGGACAGUGUCGUAGAGCUACGGCUGAAGUGGGAGUUGCAUUAACUUCUCAUCUGCUCCAGCGAUAUGAGAAUGCAAAAGUUGAAUGCUGUGAUCGCAUCUCAAUAGUACCUCGUGGUCAGACAUUGUCUCAAUUGGUAUUUCAUCGACUUGAUGAUGAAUCAUAUAUGUUUGAACGUCUACCUCAAUUGCUGCAUCGCCUUCAGGUUCUGCUUGGAGGUAGAGCUGCUGAGGAGGUCAUUUAUGGACAUGACACGUCAAAAGCCUCAGUUGACUACCUUGCAGAUGCAUCCUGGCUUGCUCGCAAAAUAUUAACUAUAUGGAAUUUGGAGAAUCCAAUGACCAUACAUGGAGAACCACCACCUUGGAGGAAGUCAGUUAAAUUUGUUGGACCAAGGCUGGAUUUUGAAGGCUCUCUUUAUGAUGACUAUAACUUCAUUGAACCCCCACUAAAUUUUAAGCUGGAUGAUCAAGUUGCACAAAGGACUGAAGAGUUGAUACGUAACAUGUAUGGUAAGACGGUGUCUCUCCUAAGGAGGCACCAUGCAGCUUUGCUCAAAACUAUAAAGGUUCUUCUCAAUCAGAAAGAGAUCAAUGGUGAAGAAAUAAAUUUCAUUUUGAACCAAUACCCACCACAAACACCUUUACAUCUUCUUUUGGAGGAGGAAAAUCCUGGAAACCUUCCUUUCAUCAAAGAACAAGUGCACGAUUUGGAGUAUGCCUUACAAACUCAAUCAAAGGAAGAAACCGUGUGAAUUCAUUCUCAAUCCUCUUUUCAAACCAAGAAUAUGUUCCUGGAUACUUGGCCUAUCAGUGUUUCAGAUUUGGCUGUUGCACUUGGGCAAGAUUCCUCCAAGGACAUAUAUGCAAGAAGAGCUCAUUCAAAGCUUGCACUUUCGGUGAGAACAGAAGUAUAGGUAUUUUGUUGAGCUAUGAUUUUUGUUCAUGCAAUUCGUAUUAAGCAUGUUUCAUCAUAACGAGUUUUAUAGGCAUAUUAAAAAUUCGUACUAAUAACGUUCCCUUGCCUUCAAUAAUAUGCCCAAAUCUUAUCAGAACCCUUGGCCGUGCAUGAAAAUGCCUUAAGUUUAACUGAAUAUUGUAGCCCCCUCUCAUCCUCUAUGUAACUUGCAGCGGUCCAAUUCGAAUUUCUCCGAGAAAAGCGAAUAACCAGCUACAGAACGAAACGGCAAACAGUUAAACU